AUGGAGGAAGUUUUACCGCUCGAAUUUGGGAUCCCCAAUCUGCCCCAGUUCGAUGGAACCGGAGAUCCUCAAACUCACCUUAACAAUUUCUUCGCUAAGAUCGACCUUUACGGCCUCAGUGAUGCCGCUUACUGCAAAAUUUUCCAAACUACCUUAACUGAUCAAGCACAAACUUGGUUCAACGGUCUGCCUGGAGGAUCAUUGGAUGGCCUGGGCCAAUUAUCGGAACGUUUCCUUAGCCAGUAUUCCAUCAACAAGCGAUACGCCAAAACCGGGUCAUACCUCUUCAAAGUCAAACAACGCGAAGUAGAACCGUUGAGAGAUUAUGUACAACGGUUCGUCAAAGCUGUGCACGAGGUGCCCAAUGUUAACCACGACCUACUAGCCGAUAUACUGCAACAUAACUUGAGGCACGUUCGCUUCCAAGAAUCCAUAGCAGGACGACCCCCGCAAACUCUGGAGGAGCUUCUGAAUCGAGCGGAGAAGUUUAUCCGGAUAGAAGAGGCCGUAGAGAUGGGACUUCCCGUCAAAAGGAAGCGCGAAGAAGAGCGCCAUGAGGCAAAAAAGAAGGAAGAAGGACGUUCGAUCCACGCCCCUACCUACCCAAAGUUUACUCCCCUAAAAGCGAAACUCAUGGAAGUUUGGAUGGUAGCGGAGCAGAAAGGUUUAGUCCAGCCCCCGAGACAGAUGAAAGAAAAUCCGAAAAGGCAAAAAUGA